AUGGAUUCAAUGGGAGGCAUUCAUCACGAUGGUGAUGAUGUUAUUGGGAGCAGAAGCUACUGGAGAUGGACUAAGGCUGACUUCAUACCACAAGAGUCUUUCCAGAGCUGCACAAACUAUAGAACUGCACUCUCACAGACUUGGAACCGAUUCAAAGAUCGCCUUCUCGCUCGAGCAGAUGAGCUCCAGGAAGUAUCCGAGAUUCAGAAACACAGCAUGAAUGAGAUGAAAAAGUGCCUGACUUGGUGGGAUCUCACAUGGUUCGGAUUUGGUUCAGUUAUUGGUGCAGGAAUCUUUGUCCUCACUGGCCAAGAAGCUCGUCAGAAUGCUGGCCCAGCUAUUGUGCUAUCAUAUGUUGUUUCAGGCCUCUGUGCUAUGUUGGCUGUCUUCUGUUACACUGAAUUUGCAGUCGAAAUUCCACUAGCAGGUGGUUCAUUUGCGUACCUGCGUGUUGAACUUGGCGAUUUUGUAGCCUUCAUUGCUGCUGCUAACAUAUUGUUGGAGAACCUCAUCCGCAAUGCUGCAGUUGCCCGAGCUUGGACUUCAUACUUUGCUACACUGCUGAAUCAGGAGCCUGAUUCACUGCGCUUACAUGUACAUGGCCUUGCAAAAAGUUUCACUUUCUUAGACCCCAUUGCAGUUGUUGUGCUUUGGAUUGCAGCAACAAUUGCAAUUUUGAGCACUAAGAGAACAUCCGUUAUCAAUUGGUUUCUCACUGUUAUAAACACACUUGCUAUCCUGCUUGUAAUUGCAGCAAGUUUUUGGCAUGCUAAGACCUCAAACCUGCAGCCUUUCUUCCCAUUCGGAGCUGCUGGAGUGCUAAGAGCAGCAGCCAUCACAUACUUCGCAUAUGGUGGAUUCGACAACAUUGCAACCAUGGCCGAAGAGACCAAGAACCCUUCAAGAGACAUACCAUUAGGCCUGGUUGGUUCUGUGUCUGCCAUCACAGUGAUAUACUGCUUAAUGUCCCUGUCUCUGGUUAUGAUGCAGAAUUACAAGGAGAUUGAUCCUAAUGCAGCAUACUCUAUAGCCUUUGACAAUGUGGGGAUGCACUGGGUCAAGGUACUUGUUGCACUGGGUGCACUCAAGGGGAUGACCACGGUCCUGCUGGUCGGUGCGCUCGGGCAGGCCCGCUACACGACUCAUAUAGCAAGAGCCCACAUGAUCCCUCCCCUGUUUGCUUUAGUUCAUCCAAGAACUCAAACACCAAUCUAUGCAACACUGCUAGUGACAUUUUUCAGUGGGAUUAUUGCUUUCUUUUCUAGCUUAGACAUCUUGGCCAACCUUCUUUCUAUCAGUGUCCUGUUCAUAUUCAUGAUGAUGGCCAUAGCUCUGCUUGUGAGGAGAUACUACUUAAGAGGAGUAACACCUAAAGCCAGUGUGGCCAAGUUGGUGUUCUUUUUGUUCCUUAUUACUGGUUCAUCAAUUGGGACAUCAGCUUACUGGGGCCUCUGUCCUCAAGGAUGGAUUGGCUAUGCCAUUACUGUUCCACUAUGGUUCUUGGGCACAUUGGGAAUCGCUAUGUUCCUAAGACAGCAGAAGUUUCCAAAGGUUUGGGGGGUCCCUUUGGUUCCUUGGUUGCCUUCUCUGUCCAUUGCAAUGAACAUUUUCCUCAUGGGUUCUUUGGAUUACCACUCAUUCAUAAGGUUUGGAGUGUGCACUGUGAUCAUGUUGGUUUACUAUGUCUUCUUUGGCCUUCAUGCUACUUAUGAUGCAGCUCAUACAUGCAAAGAAAUAUAUAGGAAUUGCAUUUAG